CCCAUUAAUAUCGAGACAGGAACAGCAUCAGAGAAUAUGUUGGUCAUUCUAGCUACCAGCACUGUGCCCAGUUAGAAGAUGAUUUCUCUCUCCAACUUGGAUUGAACCUCACUGUAAUAGUGUGAUGCCAGAUCACACCUUGACAAUUCAAGGGAUCUCAUCUGAAAUAUUGUCUUACACCCAUUGAUGGAUUUUGUAAAUAUUUUUACAGGUUAAAAAUGACAAGGAAUUUGUCUAUGGGAAUCUCGAACACAACAAGCCAGUUUUGCUGUCUCUAGCCGGAUAUUUAAGAAGUGGAGCAAGGGAUUCACUUGAUCAUCCUUCAUGCUCGGACUGUGACGAGGGAUUCACUCGAUCUUCUGUCAGACUGGCGUGCCCGUCAUUUUACGCAAGGGCCUACACAUUCACCUGCUCAGAUAGUGGGAAUGGAUUCAGUCGGUCAUUUCAACUGAAGAUAUAUCAGCAGGUUCACACAGGACAAGGCCAUUCAUUUGUCCUGUGUGUGAGAAGGCAUUCAGUUGGUCUUCCCACCUGUGGACACACCAGUCAGUUCACCCUGGGCAGAGGCUGGUCAGCUGCUGAAUUUGUGGGGAAGGAUUCACUCGGUCAUCCGACCUAAUGGCUCACCAGCAAGUUCACACUAGGGAGAGGCCGUUCACCUGCUCAGACUGUGGGAAGGGAUUUACUAAAUCAUCUCACCUAUUGAGACACCAGUCAGUACACACUGGGGAGAGGCCAUUCACCUGCUCCGACUGUGGGAAGGGAUUCGCUUUGUCAUCCCAACUGAAGGUUCAUCAGCGAGUUCACACUGGACAGAGGCCAUUCACCUGCUCAGAUUGUGGGAAGGGAUUCACUUCGUCAUUUCUCCUACUCAGACACCAGCGAGUUCACACUGGGGAGAGGCCGUUCGCCUGCUCAGUGUGUGGAAAGGGAUUCACUCGAUCAUCCCACCUACAAGCACACUCGUCUGUUCACACAAGGGAGUGGCCAUUCACCUGCUCUGACUGUGGGAAGGGGUUCAUUUGCUCAUCCCACCUGAAGGUUCAUCAGCGAGUUCACACUGGUGAGUGGCCGUUCACCUGCUCAGACUGUGGGAAGGGAUUCACUUUGUCAUCCCAAUUGAAGGUACAUCAGCGAGUUCACACUGGGGAGAGGCCGUUCACCUGCUCUGACUGUGGGAAGGGAUUCACUCGGUCAUCUCAUCUACAGAGACACCAGCGAGUUCACACUGGGGAGAGGCCAUUCACCUGCACAGUGUGUGGGAAGCGAUUCACUCGGUCAUCCCACCUACAAGCACACUGGUCUGUUCACACUGGGGAGAGGCCGUUCACCUGCUCAGUGUGUGGGAAUAGAUUCACUUGCUCAUCCCACCUGAAGGUACAUCAGCGAGUUCACACCGGGGAGAGGCCGUUUAUCUGCUCAGACUGUGGGAAGGGAUUCACUUGCUCAUCCCAACUGAAGGUGCAUCAGCUAGUUCAUACUGGAGAGAGGCCAUUCACCUGCUCAGACUGUGGGAAGGGAUUCACUUACUCAUCCCAACUGAAGGUACAUCAGCGAGUUCACAGUGGGGAGAGGCCGUUCACUUGCUCAGUGUGUGGGAAGGGAUUCACUCGAUCAUCCCACCUGCAAGUACACUGGUCUGUUCACACUGGGGAGAGACCGUUCACCUGCUCAGACUGUGGGAAAGGAUUUACUCAGUCAGGUGAACUGAAGGUACAUCAGCGAGUUCACACUGGGGAGCGGCCGUUCACCUGCUCAGACUGUGGGAAGGGAUUCACUUCGUCAUCUCAACUGAAGGUACAUCAGCGAGUUCACACUGGAGAGAGGCCAUUCACCUGCUCAGACUGUGGAAAAGGAUUCAUUUGCUCAUCCAAACUGAUGGUACAUCAGCGAGUUCACACUGGGGAGAGGCCAUUCACCUGCUCAGUGUGUGGGAAGGGAUUCACUUGCUCAUCCCAACUGAUGGUACAUCAGCGAGUUCACACUGGGGAGAGGCCGUUCACCUGCUCAAACUGCGGUAAGGGAUUCAGUCAGUCAUCUGAACUGAAGGUACACCAGCGAGUUCACACUGGGGAACGGCCGUUCACCUGCUCAAACUGCGGGAAGGGAUUCAGUCAGUCAUCUGAACUGAAGGUACACCAGCGAGUACAUACUAGGGAGCGGCCAUUCACCUGCUCAGACUGUGGAAAAGGAUUCACUUGCUCAUCCCAACUGAAGGCACAUAGGCGAGUUCACACUGGGGUGAGGCCGUUCACCUGCUUGCACUGUGGGAAGGGAUUUACUUCCUCAUCCCAACUGAAGGUACAUCAGCGAGUUCACUCUGGGGAGAGGCCGUUCAUCUGCUCAGAUUGUGGGAAGGGAUUCACUCAGUCAUCCGCCCUAAUGGCACACCAACGAGUUCACAGUGGGGAGCGGCCGUACACCUGCUCUGUCUGUGGGAAAGGAUUCACUCUGUCAUGCACCCUACAGAGACAUGAGCAAGUUCACAGUGGGGAGCGGCCGUUCACCUGCUCAGAUUGUGGGAAAGGAUUUACUCAGGCAUCCGAACUACAGGCACACCGGUCAGUUCAUACUGGGGAGUGGCCGUUCACCUGCUCAGUCUGUGGGAAAGGAUUCACUUGGUCAACUGAACUACAGGCACACCAGUCAGUUCAUACUGGGGAGAGGCCGUUCACCUGCUCAGUCUGUGGGAAGGGAUUCACUAAGUCAUAUCAACUGAAGGUACAUCAGCACGUUCACACUGGAGAGAGGCCGUUCACCUGCUCAGACUGUGGGAAGGGAUUCAGUUCAUCCUCUCAACUACUGACGCACCAGCGAGUUCACACUGGAGAUAGGCCAUUCACCUGCCCAGACUGUGGGAAGGGAUUCACUCGGUCAUCUCAUCUACAGAGACACCAGCGUGUUCACACAGGGGAGAGGCCAUUCACCUGCUCAGUGUGUGGGAAGGGAUUCACUCGGUCAUCGAACCUACAGAAACACCAGCGAGUUCACACUGGGUAGAGGCCAAUCAACUGCUCAGACUUCGGGAGGAGAUUCUCUGAGCCAUCUCCACCGAAUGUGCAUCAUUGGGUUCACACUGGGGAGAGGCCGUUCAACAGCUGUGAAUGUGGGAAGCGACUCACUCAGUAUUCUAACCUUAUGUAACUCUCGCUUUAGCUGGCAGCUUAAUAUAGGGGGUGAUAGCCCCCCAGCCCGGCCAAUCUUAAGAAAUCUUGUUUGGGUGGAUGCUGCUUGAUGUGUUCCCUGUUACAAAUCAGUACCCUGAAAAAACAAAUGGUACAUAAUAUGCGAUUAAACGUAUGGGCUUUAUAGUUUCUUACUUUGACUAUAGAACGAGUAAAAAAAAUAAUGAAGAAGAAAGGCCCAAUCUCUCCAUUCAUGUCUUCUCAUCGCUCCCCGGCAAAAGACUGCAAAAAUCUCUCUUCCAGACUCCCAAGAAAGAACAACAUUUCUCCCAUUGGAUAGCCCUGCAUUCCAAAACCCUGUUCUCUCUAGUCGUAACCUAAACAUUGCUGCUACAGAGAAACCAUUACCUCAGCAGUGAUACAUUGCAGAGAGGCCAUUCCAUUAGCAGUGAAACCUCACAGCAUGUUAUACUUGUGACAUAGUACUGGAAUGUUUCAAUAAGCUGCAUCCUGGAUAUUUGUCCAUCACCGAUGCUGAAUGCAAUUUUGGGAGUGACUGUCAGUGCUGAACUCUGCAAUUAUUGCUGCUGCUCACCACACCCAGUCUGCACCCUGGUCACUGGGCAUGGGAGGAGUUUGUUCUGCUGCAUAUUCACCUUUAAUUGGACUGGAGUUUAACAUGGACUGGAGUGGAGAGCGGCCAGUGAAAGAGUGGAGCUUUGAGGCUUUGGCUCGAGAGGUUUUGGCAGUUUUGGCAGUUGGAUUGUGCAAUCAUGUCAAUCAAGAUUUGAAUAGCUCAGAAUGCAGCUGAUUGGGCAAUCAAGGUCAGGUGACCAAGCAAUUUGAUUGGGCAAUCGAAAAUUGAGAAGCUCAACAAACGAGUAAAAAGAGGGGUAGCUGAAGUGGAGCGGCCAGUGAGUGAGUGGGCCAGUGAAGGAGUGGAGCUUUGAGGCUUUGGCUCGAGAGGUUUCGGCGAGAAGAGGCAGAGGAUGAGCUUGCUCCCAGUAAGAACAAGAGUCUCCUGCAGUCGGUUUAUGUUAUAAUUGUGAGAUGGACAGUGCACCGAUGAAUGACGACGGCUGGAUCGAGCAGGGCAUUCAGCGUCUUAGAGUCCUAUGGCAAACAGACC